AUGCUUUGUGAUUUCAGUAGCACUACCAGCCCAGGACGGUCCCGCAAACCUGGCGCCAUCAUCGAGAGCUUCGUCAACCAUGCUCCAGGGGUCUUCUCAGGAACUUUCUCAGGCACUUUGCACCCGAACUGUCAGGACAGCACCGGUCGGCCACGGCGAGACAUUGGCACCAUCCUGCAGAUCCUCAACGACCUUCUGAGCGCUACUAGGCACUACCAGGGCGUGCCCCCCUCUCUCACCCAGCUCCGCUGCCAGACCCAGUGCAGCCCUGCCUCGCCCGCGCCCUCCCCCCCUCCCUCUCCCCCUGCCACCGGGGGACCCAGCCUCUCUGCAAGCCUCUCUGCCAAAGCUACCUCAGUGCCCAGCGCCAGCAAGCCCAGCCUGCACCCCUUGCAGUGCCAGAACCAGAUCCGCAUGUGCAAGCCCAGCGGCGACCGCUUGCGUCAGACAGAGAACCGCGCCACGCGCUGCAAGGUGGAGCGACUGCAGCUGCUGAUGCAGCAGAAGCGCCUGCGCAGGAAGGCUCGGCGUGACUCCCGCGGCCCCUACCACUGGCUGCCCAACCGAAAGUCGAGCCGCAGCAACAGCAGCGUGUCCAGCGAGGGCAGCGUGGACAUGGACUUCGAGGACUCGCUGUGGAAGCCGGACGUCAAGGCGGACAUGAAAUCCGAAUUCGUGGUGGUGUGAGGCUGCCGAGCGGGGGACAAACCUCAAGAAAGAAGAAACCGAGAGAGAGAUUGGAGAGACCAAGAAAGGCAUGUCAUCUCUAAUGAGUUUGCAGAGAUGGUUUUAAAGAGGGUGAUUUUUGUCUUUGGAAUUCAGCGACCUCACGCAACCCCCCCCCCCCCCCCCCCCACAUACUUUCCAUAAGAACCCUCUUGAUUUUUCCCCUCCUACACCCUUUUCCAUAAGGUUUAAAGACAGUGUGAAACUUGAGAGGGACUGGGCGGACCGGUUUAGUUGCCGUGUUAUUUGGGACUCUCGAAAAAUGUAUAAUUUGAGACGGCAGAGAAGAAGGAGAAAAAAAAAAAAAUACCAGUGGUUGUUGUUCUUGUUGUUGUCGUUCUUGUUGUUUUGGGUUGGAUGGGACUACAAAGGACUACAUAAAAGACUACAAAAAUGUCUGCCUUACAAAAAUACAAUACGGUGGACGUGGAUGGUCACUUGGAGGGUGGCUUGCGUGCAGUAGAACAAUGCAUUGAAAAACAAACUAAUGAGGAUAAUCUGCACCUGUUUGCGCGUCUCUCUUCAAUGCCUGUGCUAGGACGAACUGUAGCGCAUAGUCUCCUAGCGUGAUCAGCCGAACUAACUCCUUUUUCAACUGGGCAUUCAUGGGUUCUUCACAAUUCAAAAAACGGACACAAACAAAUACAACUUUUUUUUUUUUUUAAACAAAUAUGUAGCAUUGUUCACAAAGCAUUCAGGUUUUCAAAAUCAAACAUAAACGUGUUUUUUGCACAUUUUUAUGAUUUUCUUUUUUUUUUUUCAAAUGGCGAUGGGUGACCGAGAAAGGGGUUGACUUUCCACAUGGCUUCGGUAUGGAGUCUGUCUGAGGACAAAAAACUAAACCAGAGGGACAAGUACUGAGACUAAUUCAGCAGGACCCCAAUCUUUAACAAUAACCUGGAAUAUUAAAUAAAAUCAUACAUAAAGUGCUUUUAGAAGGGUGUCAAAUCAUGACUUUAAAUAUAUAUAUAUAUGUGAAUAUAUAUAUUUGUUUGUUUGGUUUUUUUUUGUACUUUUUUUCCUACUGUUUUUAAAAAACAGAGCUCGGUAUGGCUGAGUUUUAAGCCAUUUAUUAACUAAUUCAUUUUAAAUUUCUCACCUUUUUUUUUUGUCGUCAUUCAUACCAUAGUUUGUAACUUUACCAAUGAGCCAGUAUGAAACUAGCUAAGCGUUCACUCAGGCCUUUGUCACACUCCCUGCAUCUGCCAUGUGCUAGCCAAGAAGCUUGUCAUGGUGUCAUUAUGGCUGAAAAUCACAUGCAAAAAAUAAUGAAACCACAAUGCUGGAACAGUGACCCAAUGGAGACAGACAGGACAGGAGCGGGUGCGAGUUCAAAGUUUAGAAGCCAUGUCCAUCAGGGUCUGUUCUUCCAUGGGCCAACUGAACGAACAGAUCCCUUUGAUGGGACAACCUUGCAAACAAAGCAUUAACACUGAAUUAAAUCAAAAAUCUCAUUGCAAUGGAUAUACUGCAAAAGUAAAUUGUGAUUUGUAAAUGAGGGUUUAAACCAUAAAGCCAGGCAUCUCCAGGCCGCUGUUGUUUGUGUUAGUUGCAAUGGCAGUCAAUGGGGAAGUGAAAUCCUUCCAAAAUAAGAACGUUCUCCACAGGAUCUUUUUCAGAGUUUUGCUGUUAUUUUGGUUUGUAACUGACGUGGCCCCAAAAAAGUGCAGUGCUCUUGGGCAACGCCUGGCUGACCACUUCCAGAUGCUAGUUAAUGACAACAGACUUAACUCUCUGCUUGCCACAGCUCAUUGCAUUGCAGCUUUAGGUGAACUUCUUUCUGGGUAACCUCUGUACUGAUGCUUGCCACCCAGCGCCUGCAUUGGUAACCAGCGUGGAAAUCGAUUCCCCAGUUUGGAUACAAGAGCUGGGAAGCAUCAGUUAUACUGGUUACCCUUCAAGAAGUCCAGUUAACUAAUUACCAAGGAUUACUGGUACAUAUUAAGACGUCAUUCAAAACAAGUUUGAACGAUAAGAGCAAUACGCUGUGCUGGAACACGUGAAACUUAACUCUCUGGAGGUAUUUGACAGGCUUAUUCAAUGGAAAUCUUCGUUAACUUGUAUUGAAAUUGGUUAGUUGAGUUACUGUGGAUGUAACCUGAAGAUGCUAACCUGUGUUGUGCCUUAGCCCUUCACCUCCUAAACUCGACCUGAAAAAACAUUGUCUGAACAGUCAGUAAUUGGUUUGAAAGUGCUUUUAGUUUCUCAGAAAUGUCAGUUACUGCUAUAAAAGGGGGUCAGAACUCUGGGAGGUGAAAUGUUAAGUCUAGUUUGCACAUGAGUAAGGCUUUAUGUGCUGGAAUUGUGUCUAAAAUCUGCACUGUCCUGAAUCUGUCUUCCUGUGGUGUCAUGCUGUUUCUGAAAGCCAAUCAGUCCCCUUGCCUUGCCACCACCAAACCAAAAAAAAACAAAAACAUAUUGACCCGGCAUCUCCAUGGCAACUUAAGUGCCCUAACUCAAAACAAAAAAGGCGCAUCACUUCCUGGAUACGCUCUGUGGACAUGUGACUGCCUGCACUUCCUGUCUCCUGGAUGUGAACUUUCUUCAUCAACUUACUUAUUGUAGUCUUUUUGCCAUUUAAAAAAAAAUAAAUAAAAAUAAAAAAAAUAAUAUUUAAAGGACUUUAUUCCCAUUUAAAAAAAAUAAAAAAUAAAAAUAAAAAAAAAAAUCUAUAUGAAUUUAUUCUGUGUGCCUCAUUGUGGCCCCUAUCUUGGAAAUUUGAAUAAAAAAAAAGAUGUUUAAGAUGAGAAUAACAAUAAUAAUAAGCGUUCAUUUCACCAGCUUGUUGGUGAAGUGAUUUGAAUGGUCUUAUCACCUCAUUUGAGUUCAAUGUUAUUCCUUGUAGCCAACCAUUUAAAGAUAAAAAAAUAAUAAGUUACAGUAAAAUUUGCAAUGUUCUAGCUAUAGACUGGUGUAGCACAAGUGUGACUGUAUUAAUUUAUGAAACCAAAAUGGUGACUGUGAAUUUAGGUAUUUAUUUGUGUGUUUUGAGAGGGUGUUUAUUUUGUUUUUGAAGAGAAGGUGGUCUGGGCGAUUCAGGGCAUGCUGAAGGGUUGCUGCAAUGCCUUCUAUGUUUUUAUUUUUAUUUUUUAUUGGUGGAAUAAGAACGGGAAUCCUCAUCAAUUUCCGAGAUCUGAUAGUUUUUUUUGUUUUUCUGUUUUUUUUCUUAAGCAAUACAUUUCAGUGUGACUUGUGAUAGAACAUGUUGGUUUUUUUGUUUUGUUUUUUUUAGGUAAUAAAUUGAAAAAAGUGUAUUAAAAAAAA